AUGGAAAAAAGGUUUUUUUCUCCUUUGACUUCAAUUUUGGCCAUAUUUUCUUUUUACCUUCUUUUACCUAAAAAGCCCUUAGGUUUCAUUUCACUCAUCAUUGCUUUAUCAUCAAUGGGCAUUUUUCCAUCUGUAUUCCCUUAUAAACCGAUAAAUUGGAGUUGGCACAUCCGGGACUUCUUUCCCCCUUUCCUCCCCCCUUUCCCUCUUCUCCUUCUUCAAAACCUCUUAACUUCCUUAUUUUCUCAUUUUCAAGACCAAUUUUCCUCUUUUAUUUAUUUCAACAACCUCUGA